UAACACUUCAAGUAAUGACCCAAACAUUGGUUAUAAUGUUAUCACAAAUUCAAGUUAUUUUGUGUGUCAUCUGUGGAUCAAAUGUGAUGAAAGUGACAAAUGAUUGUUAAUAAUGUUUAGUCAAAUGUUAAAUAUAUUGAUCUACCGGAGCGUAUCGCUCCUCAGUUUGAUGUCUCAAAUAACAACUUAUUAUUAUCUCAUUUCAAGUCGAGUGUCUAAUUGGUUCCGAUGGCGACCAACCAGUCCUCAUGAGUUGGACAGAGCCGAGAGUAAAGUGCUAUCAUUCCUGAAGAAUCCCUUCCGAACCUAUUAUGUAGACAUCGGUCAGGGCUUAGGUGUUGAUAAUAGCAAAAUAUGGACAUUAGAGAUGACACCCGAAGCCCAUAAUGAUAACGAGUCGUCGGCCACACCUUUAGUGCUAAUACAUGGCUUUGCGUCAGCCAUUGGUCUUUGGGCUUUGAAUUUGGAUUCACUUCUGCAAACGGGACGCAAACUCUACGCAUUUGAUUUGUUGGGUUUUGGUAAAAGCUCGCGACCAACAUUUGAUUCGGGAGAGACAGCCGAAGUACAAAUGAUCGAUAGUAUCGAAAGGUGGCGCAAACAUGUUGGCCUCGACCGCAAAUUUAUACUAUUAGGUCAUUCAUUUGGUGCUUAUUUAGCCGCUUCUUAUACUCUUCAAUAUCCAGAAAGAGUAUCUCAUUUAAUAUUAGCUGAUCCAUGGGGUAUGCCUUCGCUGCAAAUGAAUCAACAACUAACUCAACGUCAAAUCCCGCGACCGCUUUGGGUUAAAAUGGUGGCUAAAGUUGUUACAAUGUUUACACCAUUAGCUGGACUUAGAGCUGCCGGCCCGUGGGGUCCGCAAUUGAUUCAUAAGUUACGGCCCGAUAUAAAGAAAAAAUUUGAACAAAUGGCAGGAGAGGGAAAUGCCGACUGUUUUCUUGAAUAUAUAUAUCAUUGUAACGCAAAUCACAUGCCGAGUGGAGAAAUGGCUUUUAAAUCAUUGUCCACUAGUCUCGGAUGGGCUCGCAAUCCUAUGAUCGAUAGGAUAACGGAGUUACACCCGGAAAUUAAUAUGACUUUUAUUUAUGGUUCCCGUUCUUGGAUUGAUAGACAACCCGGCUUUCAAACCAAGUAUUUGUUGGGCGAUAGAGUCAAUGUUGAGAUCAUUCAGGGAUCGGGACAUCACGUCUACGCCGAUAAGUCGGAAGAGUUCAAUGAAUUAGUAGCUAAAGUGUGUCACACUGUAGACUCACGAGUAAACGACAUUGAUAUCAACGAUAGCGAUGAUGAAGAUAUGGGACAGGCAUUGUUUGACUGAUGCUAAACAUAAUUUAUAUAAAUAUAUACUUAUACUAUAU